AUGCAGAAAGAAGUUAGCCCAAUAGCUGUUGAUAAAGAACAAAAGGAAAGUAACCCUGAAGAGGGCAUGGAAGUCUCCAUGACUCCUUCUACUCUUAGUCGUCACAAGAUCAAAGUACUGGCACUAGCCAGUACUUUGAUCUUGAAGAAGAAAACAAUAGAUAGGACUCCAGAGGACCUGAAUGUACUUUAUGAUUACUUCUGUACGAAGUCUGAGACCAGGAAAGCAGUCCAAUUUUUUGAAAAGUGUAAGGAAGAAAAUGGAGAAGCUACUGUAAGGAUGCUCUGUAAGGUCCUGCAUUACCAGAAAUAAUCCAGCUGGCGACAAAGUCAUUAAUUACGGGGAGAUCGGUUCAAAAUUCUACAUAAUCCUUAAAGGAGAAGUUGCUGUACGGGUGCCAGCCCAGAUCCAAAGAGCAGGGACUCUCAGACAGAUCCUUGAGUUCUUAAUGACUGAUUACGAGUGGAUUACUGACAAUGAGCUGCUUCAGAGAUGUCUAGCGGAGAUCAAUAAGUACUUCCCCUUUGUUAUCAGAAAGGAAAGUGCAGAGAAGUUAGCUCUGAAUUUAAAUAAAUGUAAAAAGUACUAUGACCGAAUUCCUGAUUUUGAAGAUGAUGAGUUGGGCAGCAAAGAGAGGGAGUUCAAGUUUAACUCUUUAAUCGAUGUGAUCCAUCUAAAAGAUGGAUCAUCUUUUGGAGAGUUAGCAUUGAUCAACAAUACACCUCGCUCUGCGACCAUUGUCACCCUCACUGAGACCCACUUCGCCACUAUGAACAAGGAUGAUUUCAAGCGGAUGCUUGGAAAAGCUAUGCGGAAAUAAAUUUGUCAAAAUGAUCAGAUUUAUGGAAAACUUCAUAUUUUUCAAGCAAAUAUCCAGGCUAGCCCUGGAAAAAUUUGCGUUGUACUUCUCCAAAUGUGAAGUCAAGCGUGGAAAUGAGAUCAUGAAAGAGCAAGAAGACGCUAACUUUGUUUACUUCAUUGAAGAAGGGGAAUUCGAAGUCAGCAAGACUAUUUGGUUUGAAAAAGACUCCAUUGAGAAGGGAACUGAAGGUAUUAGAGACAAGUACAAAGCAGAUUUUUUGAGAUACAGUACAGUAAAUUGCAAACCAGAGAUCCUCAAUUUGAUUGAUCAAGCCACUCAGAUGGUAUUUUCAAAUGAAGACAGCGAGUUACAGAGAUUUAAGAAGAAUCAUAAAGAAUAUAAGAAACAAAGAACUGAGAAAAUAUCUAUAAUCGGGAGUAACGAGACUGUUGGCUUAAUAGAGGCAGUACUAGAUUGUCCCUACUAUGCCUCCACAGUCACUUGUGUUUCCAGCACCGGUGUAUAUCAUAGGAUCAACAAGGAAGAUCUUUUUAGAAAGGUCGAUAUUGCUCAUCCAGGACUACUUCAGCUGGUCAAGCAAAAACUAUUUUUGAUUAGUAAAACAACUUCCAAAUUCCUUGAAGUGCAGAGAACUCUACGUAGAGAUUUUGGGCAUUCUAAAGCUAGCUCUACUUCAAAAUUAUCAAAAUCUGCCCCAAGAGAUCAGCAGAUAAAAUAUUUUAAAUAUGAAGAGUUGGCUUACGGUCCAAAAUAAGAAUAUACUAAGCCUUGCUGAACCAAAAUCUUCUAACAAAUCAGGUGAUCACAAUUUGAUCAAUUCUGAAAAGAUAGAAUCCUUCCUGAAGAGCCAGAAGAAGGGUAGAAAGAGGCUAUUUUCUAUUAAUAAGGUAUCUGAGACUACUAAUCAAAUCACAAAGGACUUAGAGCGAUCAAAGUCUUUGAUAAAAUCUACUCUGAGUAAAAGUCCUAUGUUCUACAUGGAGCCUAAAUCCAGAAAGAAUGACCCCAUGCCUUUGACUGCUUCUCCGAUGAGACAGAUGAAGACUAAGAAGGGUAUAACCCUAUCAAAAAUUGGUAAGAAUCAGAAAAAGAAGAAUCUCAUUCAGUCCAUCGAUGAAGAACUAUCUAGUAGCUGCAAGGUUUCAAUGGCUGGAGAUAUCAAACCGAACUACCACAUGUCAAUAAAUUCUUUUGAAAGGAUCAACCUGGAAACUCCAUAUGACAGGAUAGGGGCUACAAGCUCAGCAUUCCAGGAGGAUGUACAAAUUUCAAAGGCAAAGAUUUAUAACCUUCCUUUUAAGAUUACCGCAAAUAUUGAACAAAGGUCCUCUACCUUUGAUACAAGAAAUCAAAAAUUUUCAUUUAAUCAAUAUGGAGAGAAGUAUAAGAUAGGAAUGGAGUUCCAAACUGGGGUGAAAUCUAAGCAUGUUCGUGGCUUAAAGACUAUUAACUAUUCCGAACAAAUUUCUAAAAGAACUAAUAAAAAUCGUGUGAAUUAUCCACAUGCUAUUCUCCAUGUUUCCAAUGAUUAUCGGGAGCAUAACAUUACUCAGAGAAACACAAGAAAGUAAUAAUUCCAUUGAGAAUCGGAAUGGUUCUUACAGCAAAAAUAUCAGCUUGAUAAACACGAAUGAGCGUAUUAAGUUCCCUAAAGUUGCUGAGAUAUGCAAAAGUCAAAGUAGUACAUCCCAUCGAUUUAAUAAAGCUUUGAAGCGAAGAAACUUGCUCAUUGAACGAAUUCACCAAAAGAAUUUUAAAUAAGUUAGGAAGACCUUAAGACGUAAUACAAGGAUUUUCAUUGAGCCCAGUGCUAAUACCUAUAUUUUACCUAAAACUAUUCGGAAGUU